CUCGAUGAAAUCAAGGCCGACUAUGCUGCUUCACUGCUCGAUCUAACCUUCAACAGCAAGCCCAUCAUCAACAUGCUGACUAGUAUUGCUCAAGAAAACAUUGAUGGUGCAACUGCUAUAGCCAAAGCUAUUGAAGAACAUGUUGCAAAGGCUCCUCCAAUGCAUAAACUGCCUGCCAUGUAUCUCCUCGACAGCAUUACGAAGAAUGUCGGCGCACCCUAUACCCCCAUUUUUGCUCGGAAUCUCUACAAAACCUUCAUGAGCGUCUAUACCAAUGUUGAGCCGCCGAUACGCAAGAAGCUGGAAGAUUUGUUUUACACAUGGACACGACCGCUUGUUGGGUCGCAGUCUCUCGACCCAGUCUAUCCACCUGAUGCAACGCGCAAGAUUGAAGAGUCACUCAUGCGCAUUCGCGAAAUCCAACGUCGCGAUCAGACGGCUAUCCAACCAGGCUUUCAAGCUGGCAUGACGCCAUCGUUUGGUCAACAGCCAAUUUUUAAUCCAGUAGAGGGACUACUACGAGAUAUUGGUUCACUCAUGCAUACAUUUGCGCAAAAACUACGUCUUGAACCACAUGAUGUAACGACACGCAAUCACAUCAGUUCCCUAGCAGCUCUGCAGCAACUCGUGCAAACAACCAUCUUGCCGCCAGCACAGCUUCACGAGGUGAUGCAACAACUACAACGCUUGAAGCAGCACGAAACUUUCCUCUCUGGCGCACGUAUGACACCACCUCUACCCAUGUAUGGUCAAGCACCUCAUGCAGGCCAGUAUUCCGCACCCAUGUCCAUGUCAAGCGGCUUCCAACCCACCAUGGCGCACCGUAUUGAAUUGAAAUCAGCCGCUAUGCUUCCCUCACGUCCAGAACUCAUUCAUCUACUCUAUGGCUCAAAACCAUUGCAAUGCGGCUUGUGCGGACAGCGAUGGCCAGAUACACGGGAAGGUCAAGGGAAACGUGAUGCGCAUCUCGAUUGGCAUUUCACGGUGAAUAAACGAUUGAGAGAACAUGCUGUGCGUGGACAAAGUCGAGCGUUGUACCUGUCUGAGCAGGAUUGGAUUUCUUUAAGCAUUGAUGAUGUCGAGGUGGGUGAAACAGGAGCCGUUGCUGUGUCGGCAGGUGCGAAUCUAGGCAGUGGCAAGGUUGCAGCAAUGACGAUGGAUGAAGCCAAUAAGAAGACUGUACCCAAGCCAGCUGAUCCGGCAUUGCAUGACUCGGAGUGUCCCAUUUGCCGCGAAAAGUUUACCACUGAUUGGGAUGAUGCUACAGAAGAUUGGGUAUGGAAGAAUGCAGUUCGAGUGGGUGAUACAGUCUAUCAUGCUCUAUGCCAUCAUGAAGCCGUGUCUAGCAACACAAAA